GUUCAGUGACGUUCCUUCGCACACUCGUAAUCGUUUCUUGCUGUCUGAGAAAAUGGCUGCUGUACGCCGCGCUCGCAGUGACUCCCGCUGCGUAGUUCGCUUUUCUGACCGAGAACUCUGCUAAAUUUUCUUCCCUGCUUGGUACCGUUCGAGAGGGAAGUGAAAAAGACUCAAAAAGAGAUCCGACGGCCGUUAACAGGCAGUGGAAACCUUCAACCAACCGAAGAGGCCGCCCUAGUUCGAAACGGUCAGAGCGCUGCAGCUUGACGAGAGUGACAGUUGGACGGACGGCCUGGCUGCAACAGCCUCGGCCUCAGCAUGGCAGAAGGUGAAGAAGAUUGUUGCUCUGACAUAGUAAAGGAGGAUGACAAUGACAGUUCUGGUGAAUCAAAUCUUGAGGCAGAGCUUCAGAUGUUCAGAGCCCAGUGGAUGUUUGAACUUACCCCAGGGGGGAGCUCUACAGGUCUGGAAACUCGAUCCUGCAGAACAAGAGGGCCUUUAUUAAAGGCUGUAGAUACCAAAGGGAAACUAGAACUUGCAAAAGAGGAAAAGGCAAGAGAACUGUUCCUGAAGGCAGUGGAACAAGAACAAAAUGGGGCUCUUUAUGAAGCUAUUAAGUUUUACCGUCUGGCUAUGCAAUUGGUCCCAGAUAUUGAAUUUAAGAUUACCUAUACCAGAUCUCCAGAAGGCGACAGUAUUGGGAAAAGCUAGUAAGUAUACAUGUAUGUAUAUAUGUAUGUAUUAUUUGAAAAAAUUGAAGUGAGGGAAAGCUGUACUCUUGUAUAUACUUGAAAUCUAGUU